AUGAGGUUUUGUUUCUUUAAAUCUUCCUUCGCCUUUUUAUUCAAUGGCACCCCUUCCCGUUUACCCCAUCGUUUCUCCCUAAGUUUUUUCUUCCUUUCUUUCUUUCUUUCUUUCUUUCUUUCUUUCUUUUUUCAUCGCUUUCCUUCUCUCUCUUUGUAUUUCUUCCUAUUUCUUCUACUUCUUCACUUUCCUCUCUCCUCCUGUCCUUUUUCUUUAGUUAUUUUUCUCUUUUUCUUUCUUUUUUGUCAUCUGUUUCAGUUGUUCUCGUGCAUUUCAUCACCAAUGACGUCAUAUUCUUUUCAAAUAUUCACACAUUUCUCGUACACUUUAAAGACUUCGAAGCAUGCAAAUAUUUGUUGUGACAUUUUCUUCGACGCGUACAUCAGUGCACACUCAAAGGAAUCCUCCCCAAACCCCACAAAUAUACCCAUCUUGAACUUUGAACUUUCCCUGCCUCCUCUUCGCGUCCUUUAUUUUAUUUUAUUUUUUGUUAAAAAAAGACUUUAA